UCCGUCUAGAUUUUAAUGACAAACAAAAAUUUGAUAUUCUCGUUGUUUAUAUUUUUACCGUAAGUAAUGAGACUGCAAAAUAAUUCAUAAACAAUCAUUACACAAUGCACAAAACGAAUGGUAGCAAAAAAAGCUGCCUAGCUUGUAUACGUCUAUAUGUUUAGAAAAAUACUUAUUGAUAGUUAUACAUCGAUGUUGAUAGUGGAUAAAGUUACUGGCGAUGUCAUUUAUAACGAAAAGGGAGCGUGUAUUCAAUGAAUACGACCUGUUCGAUCUACCAGCGAGGAAUGAAGGCAAGUUGAAGGCGUACGCAUCAUGCACAGACGCGAGAGCUUGGUCCCACUUUUGUUCAGAUAAAUCCGAACACUUGGUGGAAAUCAUUAAGAGAAACAAUGAAACCGUUCGACCCAAGUAUAUACCAACUGAUGUGAUCGUCAAUAUGCUGAUGACUGCAAAAAAUGCCGAAAUCGGACGCCUAAAACGGAAGAUUGAAGAAUUUGAGCAAAUGCUCUCCGCUUAUGACCAGUUGGAUCUCACUUGUGAACAAAAAUGUGACAUCGCAAACGCGCAUGCGGCAAUAAAAGCAGCGAAUAAAGAAUUAGAUGAUAUGUGUUUGGAUCUGGACCUGUCUGGAUUUACAGAGGGCAUAGAUUCAGAAGCUUUUGAGACAGGAAAAUCCAGAGGCGAUGAGCUCAGCAGAUAUGGUACAGUAGAGACAGGAAAGUCCGGUGGAGGAGAAAUGAAGACCCAAGGCGAAGAGUGGACUUUUGAUAAAGAAAAAGAGUCAACGCCGAGGAAGGAAACAAAAAGUAUUCAAGCUGGGCCACCUUGCACUUGCGACGCAAGCACUUCUGCAUAUGAUACUCAAGUCGAUGAAAUGCAAGAAACAAUCAUUAGUAAAGAUGCCAAACUGAGUGCCAUGCAAAAUACUAUCGCUGUAAUGGAGCAUGAUGUUUGUGAACCUUAUUGUAUUUACGCUCAUAUUUAUACCGCAUUAGAAAAAAUUUUUGGAACUUUAUGUCAGAACGGGAAAUACAAACAAUAUUUAGAUUUAUUAACUGCUGGGAAAGAUACUAGAGGCAUUGAUAUUAAAGGGAAAAUACUUUUUAAAAUGAAAGUAUUAGAAAAGUUUAGCCUUGCUUUAAUAGCUCCUUGCUCGCAAGAAUUUAGUCGGGCGUCAAAGGAUUGUUCAUGCAUGCGCGCUGAAGUUGUAACAACUUUUGCGUUAACAUCUGCAGAAAGUCAAAAACCGAGCUUAGACAGUAAAAGAGCCCAGCUUGUUGCUGAUAUUAUGGACAGUCAAGAAAUGAAAGAAAUGCUCAGUAAAGAAAGUUUGUGUCUUAAAAUUGAAGAUGAGCAAUUUGAUGAUUGUUGCGGUGUUGAUAAUUACAGUAUAGAUAUUGCAAAUCUCAAUCGUUUGAAGAAUUUACAAGCCAAUUACGACGAACUAUUAACAUGUUAUGAUAAUUUGAAACAUGAAAGAGACUGUCUAUAUUUACGAUGUCAAAAUAUGGCUGAUUUAGAACAUGAAUGUGAAUGCCUAAAAAAUAAUUUAAGAGAAUACAAUCAAUUAUGGACAGAAAAAGAGUAUUAUCGGAAACGCUCUGAAGACCUAGAUACAUUAAAAGAAAAUUUCUUUAUAUUAUCAGAAGAAACAUCAAAUAUUGAAACAAAACUUAAAGCUGAACAGGAAAUAAAUAAAAAUAAAUCUCAAACCAUUGACCAAUUAAGAAAUGAAAAUAUAAAACUAGAGAAAAAAAUAGGAGAUACUUCUUUACAGUUUGAAAAACAAAAAAAUGAUUUAAUUUGCAAAUUAAAAGAGUACGAGUGCAAAAUAAUGUGUCAAGAUCAACAAAUUAAGAGUUUAUCUGAUCAAAUAGAUAAACUACUCGAACAAGAUAGAAACAUAAUACCGCCCAACGAAGAUACAUUACAGUCAGUGCAAUUAAUUAAUGAAAUCGAAUCCCAAAAAGAACAAAUCAAAAACUUAAAGGAUGAUCUAUGCUCUAGCGAAGAAGAAAAAGAGUAUCUCCAAGAGGAAUUUGAAAAGAAACUUGAACUUAUAAAUGAACUCAAAUGUGAUGUUGAAGACUGGAAAAGUAGAUAUGAGGAAGCUCUAAAGAGUUAUAAUUAUUUACAAUUGCAAGUAGAUGAACUACAGGACAAAAAUUCAGUAAUGAGUCAAGAAUUGGAAAGCAAAACAAAUGCAAUAGAUAAUUUAAAUGGUCUCUUAUGCAGUAAGUCCCGUGAAAUAAGUAAGUUAAUGGAGGAAGUCGACCAUAAAAAAGAUGAAAAUAUUGGUCUUAUUAAACAAAUGCAACUAAGUCGUGAAAGUUUCGAUAAAAACAUAGAUUCACUUAUGAAUGAAAAAAGAAUUGCCAUGAAUUCCAUUAUUAUGGCUAAACAAGAAAGUAUAGAAAUGUUCAAACAUCUAAAAGUUAAUGACGAUACAAAUCAAGUAGAUCAAAUGACAAAAAUCAAUAAUGGUAACAGUAGAAAAUAUCUUAUGGAAGAAAAAACGAAUGAAAUAAUUGAUAACGAUAUCUUAUUAAUGGAAAUUGAGUUACUAAAUGAAGCAAAUUAUGAAAACAUAAAUAUUCUUCAGCAUGAAAAUGUGCAAUUGAAACAAUCAUUUGAUUUGGCUAAGAAGGAGAGUUUAAUAUUAGAAGAAAAAUUAAUUAAUCAUGAAAAUUUACUAGAAAAAUUCGAGACAUUAAAAAAAUCUCAUGAAAAUCUAUUAAAUGAAAAGGAAACUCUUCAAGUUAAAUUAAAUCGCAGUAAAUAUGAGCUUGAUAAUUUACUCCAAGACUUCCAAUUAACAAAAUCAAAGAGUGAAAGCUUACUGAAUCAAUCUGAAGACAUCAAAGAAAAAUACGCUAAGUUAAAUAAUAUAUAUCAAGAAGUGCUGAAAGAGAGAAAUAUUUUACAUAAUUUACUAUCGGCCAAAGAUUUAGAAAUGAAAGAUUUGAUUCAGUCUUUACACUUCCUCAAAUCCGAAAAUGAAUGUUUUAACUUAAAAGUGCAAGAAAUCUCAAAACUGGAAAAAGCUGUAACUGAAUUACAAAAUAAAUGUCACAAAUUAUUAUCAGAAAAAAAUACAUUACAAAAUGAAUUUGAUAUUAAAAUUCGAGAAAUAAAUGACUUACACAACAAUCUAGAAAAUAAAAUAGAGGAGAAUCAACGGUUACAAAAUCAAAUAAAAACUCAUCAAUCUCGGGAAUUGACAGUCAGUAGCAGUAUUACUGCUUUAGAAAAUGAGAAUCAUAACAUGCAAUUAAAUUUAGAUGUAGUAAGAAUAGAAAACAUUAAUCUGCUUGAUAAAGUGAAACACUAUGAAAACCUAGAAAACGAAUACAAAGAACUACAACAAUCAUAUAAAAAAAUUAAAUUGGUAAACGAAAAUCUUCAAAAUGACUUAGUCAAUUUGGAAAAAUUACAUAAUCAACAUAAUGAAUAUUUAAAAAACUUAGAAGAAGCUCUUGUGCAUUCUCAAGAAGAGAACAUAUCCACAACACACUCUGCUAAUAAUUUUUAUGCGGAUUUGAAAAAAGAAGUAGAAAAAUUGAAAGAAGAGAGGCUCACUAAGCAUAUAGAGAUGAAAACUUUAAUGGAAAAACUGGAUGAAACGGAAUGCAUUAUAACUAAUCUUAAUGAAGAUAUUCUUGCUCGAGACAAGAGAAUAUCAAUUUUAGAAAAUCACAUUAAUGAAUUACAAGUGGAAAUAACUGCCAACCAAAAUAAUUUGAUUGAGGUUGUAAAAUCUGGCGAACAAUUAAAAGAACUUAGUUAUGAAAAACUUAACCAAUCUGUUAAAAAACUCGAAGCACAUCAAUCUCGUGCAACACAUAAUAUGAAAUUAGAACUUGCAAAAUUACAAAAUGAAAAAGAAAGUCUUGAAGAUCAACUUUCUACCACAAAAUCAUUCACAGAGGAAACACUAAGAGAGAAAAAUCAGUAUAUUAUAAUAAUCAACCAACUUCAACGUGAAAGAGAAUUAAUUAUUUCUGACAUACGGCAGCUAGAAACUAGUUGUAUUGGAGAUAGUAAUCUUGUGCUAAAUAAUUGUUCAACUAACGAAGUGCUAACUUCAUUAAAUCGGAUUGGUAAAUAUAUAAAUAGUAAAAACACUUCCUUAGAAAAAACAUAUCUCAGUGUACAGGCUUCUUAUCAGUUGCUCAAAUCUAAAGCAGAUGAAGCUAAAAAUAUAGCUGAAAAAGAACAGCGAAAAAUCAUAAAUGAAAAAGAACAGACUAGAAAAGAAAGAGUAGAAAUAGAAAAACAACUAGAGAAUUUGAAGGCUAAAAUGAAAGAGGAAAAAGUUAAUUUUGAAAAAGUUAUAGAAGAUUUAGAAGGUGAAAUGCUAAACCAAAAGUUAAUAUUCGACAGCAUAAAAAAUUCAAAAGAAGAUCAAUUACUGAAACUAAUAGAAGAAAAUGAACUGCUUCGAGGUCAAUGCGAUAGCUACGAUGUAGAAAUAAAGGAAUUAGAGCAAAAACUUCAAAAUGCAUUCGAACAAAAAUCUAAAAAUGUAGAGAUGUUAGAAAAUACUAAAAAAGAAUUAGAAAAACAAGAGAAUUUAGUCACAGUACUUCAAACACAGAUAGAAGAUUUAAUAAAUAAACCAACCCAGCAGAAUGCAGUUCAAACUAUUGUAUUUGUAACUACAAAAGAUAAUGAGUGUCAAACAGACAUGCCCCACCAUAAAUUUAAUGUGGAAAACUCAAUGUUAAGUGACGAUAAUAAGUAUAAAGAUGUUGAAAUUGUAAAAAUGAAUGUCGAUAAACGUCCUACAGCUAACAAUUCAAAUGAAACCGAGUCACACAAAAAUUAUAAGAUUUCAGAUAUCUAUCCAAUAGCUCCGCCAGUUAAUGAAGUUCAAAUACUUACAGCAAAUGUUGAACCUACGAUAGAUUUUGUUAGAAACAUUUAUUUAAAAUAUAAAUUAAAGAGAUUAAGUCCAGGAAAACUGGAGCAACAUUCCAUAGCCAGUCUACAAGAGACAAUAUUUGCAAAUGGUAAUGCUCAGGGUUUAUCUCCAAGUGAUGAUUUGAUUAGUAAGGCUCACAGUCCUAGAAGUUCAGACUCGAGAAAUUUAAAUAUUCAAUUGAGUCAAAAUAAAGACAGUAUUAUUGACAUUUAUAAUACUCAAAUUUCCACUAAUUCAACUAAAAUAACUGAUGAUAUAAAUGCUAUUUAUACAGAUAUGAGCAACAAAGAAGGUAUAAGUCUUAUGACAGAUUUAGAAAAUAAUAAUCAAGAUUAUGAUAACACGAAUACUAGUCAAACAAAAGAUGGUAAUUUUAAUGACUCAUAUCAGGCAACAGAAAAAGAUUUAUUUGUUAUUUAUAAAGACAGUGACAGUAUUUUUGAUGGAAGAGAAAUACCUACAAAAUGGAAAGAUACGAAUAGUAGACAAAGAACAAGGGAAGGGAAAUCUAGACAUUCAAAUGUAGAAGGAAACAUAAACAUUGAAGAAAAUACUAGUGAUGACAGAGAUGAUGACAGUAUGAAACCAAAGCUUAAAAUAAAUCUGCCUAGAGUUGUAAACGAUAGUCCUUCUUUUAUGACUAAUUCUGACGAUGAUAAAAAAUCUUUAGAUUCGUACUCAAAUGCUACAUACGCCUCGCCUCAACAGAUUUAUUCAAAGACUCAUAAAGAUCCAAAUCAUUUAAAAAAUUUAAAUUCUGUACCCGUUACUUUUGGAAAUCAAAUUAAACAAAUUUUUCCAGAGAAAAUGACUAAACACGAAUAUUUUGAUAAUAAUCAUUCUGAACAUAGUGUUCCAUCUGAUACAGCAAAAAUUGAGAAACCUGUGAAAAAGAAAAUAGUUUUUUCUCAUGAUUCAAACCACAAAUUAUCUCAUGUGGGAGCUACAGUUGAAGUUUUACAAAAUACCAUAAGUGAUAGCGUGGACGACCCUUCAGAGGAUUUUAAUGUUAAAAGUAACUAUGGAUUACAGUACAUUUUAAAUACUGUGCAAAAUGAAAUUAAUCCAAAUAAUAUCAAAAACUUGAAUAUAAUUAAGUCAGUACAUAAAAGUCCCAGUGAUGAUCAAUUUAGUAAUGUAGGUAGGUCAAGUCAAUCAACACAAUUAAGUCCAUUAAAAGUAUCGUCAAUUGAAUAUGGAACAGAAUCAACAUAUAGUCCACUGCCUACUAAUUCGGUAGAACGUGGCACGUUGGUGAAAAUGGAUGACGUAGACGAUUAUGAAAGUAAAAUUCAAAAACUUACUAAGGCAUUAGAAAAUAAUGAAAAAUACUACAAACAAAAAAUAGAGGCUGUAAAAGCGCAAUACGAUUACAACGUCCAAAGUAUAGUCAACGAACAUAACCACGGAGUCAAAAGUAUACAAAAUCUCCAUGAAGAAAGGCUGCACGAUAUUAACACAAUCCAUGAGAAUGAAGUAGAAAACCUGAGGGCUAUGAGUAUUGAAGCAAUGCGAAAAGCAGAAAAGCUUCAAGUGGAAAAUCGCUGUCUGAAAUCUAAGCUUAGCAAUGAUGCCCUAAUAAACCUGAACGAAGAGCCAAUAAAAAUUCCUUCUACUGAUUCAAAGAAAAGAAAAUGCCGAUGUCGCGUGAAUAGUAGAAAAUUAACCAAAACGAAUGUGGAAGCUUUUAAUGUGAAACCGAGACAACGAUCUCACGGACCCUGCACUUGCUCUCUAGACAUGAGUAUUUCAGACACGAUACGUAGCAUUUUUGAGCAGGUUGAUGUUGACCAAAGAAGAAUGGCGGAACAGUCCUAUCUCAAGUAUAUCGCUAACAAGAUUUUAGAUGGCAAUGUUGAGAUAUUGGAUGCACAAGAACUAUCUUUUUUACAUCUCAAAGUGUGUCGAACAUGGAAAACAAGACUAAACAAAGACGAGGCUAUGCAAAUGAAAAUUGACACCCUGGAAACUGAAGUGAUCAACAAACACCGACAACAACAAAAACACAUGGCUGAAAUAGAUCGCAAGGUAGCCGAAGAAUUGCGCCGGCUGCAAGAAGUCCGCGAAGCUGUGUGCUUUUCACCGCAUGAGUGGCGCGACAGCAGCACCGCCUCGCCUCUACCUUCAGCUAUUGGUGCAGUCGAAAAAAAUGUUGGUAACUGCAACACGAGCUGUGAUAUCGCAGUGAGGGAGCGGCGGUCGGCCGGAGACCUAACUCCCGGAUUAACUGGUGCCGUCACCACAAGCUGGAAACGGAAACGGGCUAAACUGGAGACCAGUAGAGCAGUCCUAGCUAAGCUGGAUGGUUGUGAAGGACAUCGAGAUAAGGGACUCGUCAAUGACGAGGCCCCUACUCGUCUCAAACGGGCACAAGACCGACACAUUAGUCGGACGAAUAAGAAGUGACGACAAUUAAUGCAUGUUAUAAAUACAUAUAGACAGUAGAGCGCGAAUAAGAGAACAUUAUUUAACAAUACUUACCUAUUAUUUACGACCAUUUAGAAUAAUGUGGCUGCUUCUGUUGUUCCUAUACUUCUCGAAACUAAAUUAAAGGUCUAUCUAUCCUUUUCCCGAGGAAGCAUCAUGAACGGGAUAGCAUUACAUAAUCGACCUGUCAUUCUAUUUUAGAAAUUGUAUACAACAGAAUUAGCCACAACUUCUUUGUGGACUCAUUCUAUUUUUCUUUGUCCAGUAUUGGUAAUAAUAAACGGUGAUGGUGUAAAAUGUUAUAGUAAGUGUUAAUUUUUGGAUUAUUUUUUACAUGUGUUUUGAUAAAUUAUUUAUCUAUGUAAUUAUUAAGUAUCUUGUAAUGAUCCUUGAUUAAUUUAUAUUAUACCGUAGA